AUUUGCUUCUAUUUAGCUACAGACCCCUUCACAACUCUGUUUGGAAAUGAAUCCUUUGGAAGCAGCUUUGCUGACUUCAGCAUGUUGUCCAAGGCCAACAGUGAAGAUCCCUUUAGUUCUUCUACAUCAGGUUCUGUCAACAAUAUGAACGUAACAAAAAACUUAUUUGAGGAAUCGCCAGACAAAAAUGAGGAUGUUCCUCCUGCAUUGCCACCUAAAACAGGCACUCCCACAAGGCCGUGUCCACCGCCGCCUGGGAAAAGACCUAUCAAUCAAAUAGACUCUUCAGAUUCCUUUAAAUCGACCGAUCCAUUUCAGCCUUUCCCCACCCCAGACAUUCCCAAAGAACAAGAAGCAGAUCUAUUCUGUGAUCCAUUUGCUCCCACCAGCAUCAGUAAAGAGGCUGACCCCACCAAUUUUGCAAACUUCAGUACUUAUUCUACUGAGGAAGACAUGAUUGAAUGGGCUAAGAGGGAAAGUGAGAGAGAAGAGAAAGAAAGACUUGCAAGAUUAAAGCAGCAAGAGCAAGAAGACUUGGAACUGGCUAUUGCACUCAGUAAAUCUGAAAUAUCAGAAGCAUGAAGUUUAGAAUAAGAUUGCGUCUUAUGUCAACUGUUUUGUCCCUUUAUUUAUCUAUUUAAAUGUUAAUCAGAAGUUACAUAUAUACAGGAUGCAAGAAAAUAUGAAAGGUUUUAAGCUUCUGCAAGAGGUUGAACACUUUUUUCCAUGCUGACUUGUAUUUUUUUAAAAUUUCAUUAACUUUAUCAAACAACUAGUAUCAUACUGCUCUAGUAUGUAUACUUUUGAGCUUCUUGCCUGUGCUAUUUUUAUGCUGCAAACAAAGUACACCAAAGUAUCUGUUUCACAGAGUGUCUGCAGAUCAUCUUUAGGAUCACUGAUUGUCAUUCUAAUCAUGCAUGAAAAGAUUUUUGUGAGCAUUUGUAACCGCAAAUCCUGAAAUUCAAAGAUGAGAAAACAUUGUCCCAAUCAAGUUCCUUCAGAAAGAAUGCUAGUGAAAGUAGCACAGUAUGGAAGAUGAAAACUCCAUAGCCAUGCUUUUGUAUUUGGAUUGCUCUUUUAUGGCUUUGUUUCCUUUAGGUCCAUUUGGCAGAUUUUUAGUUAGAAGAAACCAUGUUAACUGAGAACACCUCUGUUUGGUUUUUGAACUGUCUAAUAAGAAUGCUAGAUAGCUUUUUCUUAUCGAAUAUGUUCUAAAAUGUGUGAAUGUUUCUGCUAAAUUCAAUUCUCUGCUUAUUGUUUGAAUAACUGCUUAUUUUAGUAUUUAAAUUCUUACGUUUUCAGAAAAAUCAAGUACACUUCCCACCUGUAAGUCAGUUUGAAAUGCAGGUAGUGAGAUAGUUGUUUGACUAUAAUUGGUCAGGAGCUGUUAAUUGAGCAACAAGUGACAAAUAGCAAUUUUUCUGCCAUGGCUGACACUCCCAUUAAGCAGUUAGUUAUUUAAAACCUCUUUUACUUCUAAGGAGAUUUUAGUAAUGCUAGAGUUGCAGAGUGCUUUAUUUUAUAUGUAUGCAUAUAUUUUUUUCUCAUUAAUGAAGGUUCUACUGUUGGACUUGAAAUAAUAAUCUUUGUGGUGUCUAAAGACUGUAUCUUACUGAAACCUUCUUCUUGCUUUUCUUGCAUGGUUUUAGGUUUUAAGACAGUCAGAUACUCUGUUUUAUAAAGCAACUAGAUUGAAGAUUCAUGUGCAUUUGCUGUUGGCAAGAUGACUGUCAAAUUACAAGGCCCCACUGCUAUUUGAGCCACUUUUGCCUGUGAAAUAUGCAGCUGAACUGGCAAAUUAGUAAGUUGAAUCUGAAAUAUGAUUAAGAAUAGAAAGAAUACAUGUAGUCUAUUUUUUUUUUACAACAGUUUUUUUCUGUUUAUGUAAUUUAUUGAAUGCCAAUUGAUAGUUGCACCUUAAAAACUGAAUGAUGAUUUCUUUAUGGUCACUGAGUCAAAAUAAGAUUGAUUGAAUGUUAAUGAAAAUAACUUAAUGAAAGUAACUUAUUAUUCAUUUUACGAGAACUCCAGUCUGGAGAAUCAGUUUCAUGAGAGCAGCUCUGAAAAGGAUCAUCUUUUGCCCUAUUUAAGAACAUUGUAUGGCAGCAGCAUAAA